AGGGUUUCUUCAUGAUGAUGACCUGAUGCUUAUUAGUAAUGGAAUUGGCAUUAAGUAUCCGGAAGUUGCAGUACGUCUUGGUCUUACAUGGACCGAUGUGUCAUCAGCAAAAACACAGCAUCAUGGCCAUAUUUUUUAUUCAUCCAUGGAGCUGUUGACCAAAUGGCGACAGCGGCAGACUCAUUCUACGAAUCAACUCCAGAUGAUGUGUGAAGCGUUGGAACACGAAGGAUUUUCCUCUGUUGUGAAGCAACUACGACCUAAUGUGGAAGCAUCUUCAGUUCUUUGUGAAGUUUGUUUGGAUGAUAAAACAUUGCUUAGUAUUUGCGAUGAAAUGAAAAGUGAUUGGAAACUUGUGGGUGUUCAAUUAGGACUGCAAUUAUCAGAAAUAGACUGCAUAGAAAAAGACAACAAACCUGUGAAGAAUGCAAUAAUGAAAAUGCUUGUGUCUUGGAGGGAUAAACAACCAUCCAACAUCAACCAACUAACUACAAUGAGUUCAGCUCUUGCUGAAAGGGGAUAUAGUCGGCUUUCUGAUCAAUUGACAGGCAACUGGAAUUAUGAAGAAGUAUAUUCAGAUCAUCAACCUUCAGCAUGUGCUUUAUGCAGUCUCUGUUCUGAUGAUGAAUUCUCGCUGCCAAAUCUAUCAAACGUUCAACACGAGUGUACAAUGGAUGAGCAAGACUUCCGAGGAAUUCUGUUAGAAAUAUCUAAAAAUUUGGAUGAAGAAGAUCUGUGGGUUUUAAAAGUUGCGCUCACUGAUCUCAUCAAAGAUGCACACACACAUGUUGAAGCAAAUCAGGCAACUCAACUCUUUGAGAGUUUGAUCAAACAAAAUGUCCUGAGCCCAAAUGACAUGCGCAUUCUGCCUGAAGUAUUCCAGUUAACAGGUUUAAAUUAUUUGCCGCGAAUCAUCAAAGGAUGCCCACAGGUGAAGGACAUUCCAAUUACUUUCUUUUCCAAGUUCCGCCAGUCUGUAGUUGCCUUUGGAAGAGCGCUAACUGCCAGCCUUACAAGAGAGAUCGAAUAUACAUUUUUUGGUACAGAAAAGUUGUACAAGAACAAAUGGGAUCUGAUGAUGAAACUGGAAAUGAAUCUUAAACUUUGCAAUAAUGACAAAUCAAUAGAGAGCUUUAAAGCAAAAUUCAGUAAUCAUGUAGCAAAUAAGCUAAGAUAAAUCUAUCCAAAUACUACAAGAGCUGAAAACAAUGCUUAUAAUUGCAACUUUGGGAAUUAUACUCUAUAUAAGGGUAAUCCAAAGAACAAUGGUGGAUAUAUAUAUAUAUAUAUGUAUAUAUAUAUAU